AUGGGCAUUCUCCAGUGCAAUCUUGGCUGGGACACGCCCGACAGCCCGCGCUGCGCGGAUCCAGGAGACCCAUCGGCUCCCCCAGAGCAUACCAAUACGGGAGCCCACCACGUCGACCGCCCGCACGCCUCCGAUUCUGACUCCGACUUGGACUCGUGGACGGACACCGGCGACAUCGCGGAGCAGCUUGCCGACGAGGACCCCCUGCGCAACCGCCUCAACGACACGCUCGAUGACGAGAUCCUCGCUGGCGUUCUGAAGAGACACCCCAAGCACCAUUACCCCAACAAGAAGCACGUCCGCAUCGACGCCGAGUCCAGCCGCGGCCGUCACGCACGCGACCGGCACUCCCCCUACCAAUCUGGAGUCGUUAGUAAAGAGGCAAUUGAGAUCCCAGACGUCGCUGCUCGAAGAGUUUCUAGAGCAGAACGCAUUCUGGCCACAAUCAUGUCGGGAGGAGGGAGUUCCGUUCAUGGCCUCACCGGCAAGCCCUUGAUCUAUUUCACAAGUAUCUUCGUCUCAUUAGGCGUUUUUUUAUUCGGAUAUGACCAAGGUGUGAUGUCCGGUAUUAUCACCGGUCCAUACUUCCUAGAUGCCUUCAAUCACCCCUCGAAGGCCUAUGUAGGCACCAUGGUAGCCAUCCUAGAGGUUGGUGCCUUUAUUUCAUCUCUAAUGGUCGGCCGGAUUGGCGAUAUCAUCGGCCGUCGAAGAACAAUUCUCUAUGGCUCCAUCAUCUUCUUCGUUGGCGGCGCCUUGCAGACAGCUGCGACGACGAUGACCAUGAUGAUGGUGGGCAGAAUCAUUGCCGGUCUCGGUGUUGGUUCCCUCUCGACGAUUGUUCCCGUGUACCAGUCCGAAAUCUCUCCGCCCCACAAUCGGGGUAAGCUGGCUUGCAUUGAGUUCUCAGGAAACAUCAUCGGCUACACGACAUCUGUCUGGGUCGAUUACUUCUGUGGGUUUAUCCAGAGCAACUACUCCUGGCGGCUGCCACUGUUCAUGCAGUGUGUCAUGGGCGCGCUGCUAGGUCUAGGAAGUCUGGUUAUUGUCGAAUCUCCCAGAUGGCUGCUUGACAAUGACCAUGACGAGGAAGGCAUUGUUGUCAUUGCCGACCUCUAUGGUGGCGGUGAUAUUCACAACCACAAAGCUCGAGAGGAAUACCGCGAGAUCAAGAUGAAUGUUCUGCUUGCACGACAGGAAGGUGAGCGCACGUACGCCGAGAUGUUCCGCCGGUACAGGACUCGUGUUUUCAUCGCGAUGUCCGCCCAAGCUCUUGCUCAGCUCAACGGUAUCAACGUAAUCUCGUAUUAUGCUCCAUACGUGUUCGAGUCCGCUGGCUGGGUGGGCCAUGAUGCUAUCUUGAUGACGGGUAUCAACGGCAUCACGUACUUCCUAUCCACGAUCCCACCUUGGUACAUCGUGGACACCUGGGGUCGCCGCGUCAUUUUGCUCACUGGAGCGGUUGCCAUGACGGUUUCACUCUCCAUGAUAUCCUACUUCAUAUUCCUCGACAUCCGGGCCACGCCGACUCUUGUUGUAGUGUUCGUGAUGAUCUACAACGCCGCCUUUGGGUACUCUUGGGGACCAAUCCCCUGGUUGUACCCUCCCGAAAUUCUGCCGUUGACCAUUCGAUCUAAGGGCGCAUCUCUGUCAACAGCUACAAACUGGGCAUUCAACUGGCUUGUCGGUGAGAUGACACCGAUUCUACAGGAGUGGAUCAAGUGGAGGCUGUAUCUGGUGCAUGCAUUCUUCUGUGCUACUAGUUUUGUCAUUGUCUACUUCAUCUACCCAGAGACCAGUGGUGUCCGGCUCGAAGAUAUGGACUCCAUCUUUGGCGAUGCCAGCACAGCAAUGGGAACUCCGGCCACCAUGGGCACUCCUGCUAUGGGACCUCAGUCCGGAGCUCUUGUGCGGUCUGGCUCUCCCGUUCCAUCUCUCGACAUCCGCGGCCGCCCCUUGCUGGGCCCAUCAAACAACUUCCCGGGUCUUGACAUUGACCCGCCUCAUGUACCCAUCGUGGACGGAAAGCCUCAGUUGGGGUCUCAGAGCGAGAGGGACGGUGGUAUUGCCGGAUGGAUUUCAAGAGUCGUUAGCCGCACGAGAUCACCAGGAAGUGCAUCCACGCGCAGCGGAAGAUACGCACCACUGCGUUCCGAGAGAGAGGACUAA